AUCUACAUCCUUGUAUGGUGAACUUGAGAUCAUCUGAAUAUUCAUCAGGUGAUGAUAAAAAGAUAAAAUGGUUCUGGGAACUGAUCCUUAAACACAACUCAAAAUCAGUAUUUAAUGUGUACCUACGCUUUGUUUCCGGCAAUUCAUAUAACUUUAUUGCAAAAGUGGAGACCGUAAUCAAUGAUAAAAAAAAUUACAAAAACAGCUAAAGAAGGAAAAACUAUAAAAGACACAUACUACGAUUGUGUCAAUAUGAAAAGAGAUGAAGAAGAUGAUUCAUUCACAUUUAACCUAGAACUAACAAUCAUAGAAGAUUUUAAAUGUGCAGAUGUUAGCUUGCCAGCUGGAAGGGAUUCUAACUUGUUUGAGCUGGGCCCGAUCUUACUGGAUGAUAAAGAAUUUAGCGACGUUGUCCUCGCAGUAAAUGGAAAAGAAUUCUUGGCACACAAGGCAGUCCUGGCAAACCGUAGCUCAGUGUUCCGAGCAAUGCUGAACCACGAGAUGAUCGAAUCCACCCAGAACAAGGUAACAAUCACCGACAUUGAGCCCAAAGUGUUUGAACAAUUGCUGCGCUUCAUCUACACCGAUUCGGUGGCGGAUUCGGACAUGGCGACGAUGGCCUUUGAUCUGCUACAGGCAGCCGACAAGUACGACUUGGAGACGCUGAAGACUCGCUGCGAGGCCGCACUUUGUGGUCAAAUAUCGAAGGAAACUGCCGUGAAUACACUCGUUCUUGCCGACUUGUGCCGAGCGGAUAAGUUAAAGCGAGCUGCGAUCAACUUUAUCGGAAGGAACGUCGGGCACCACAAGCCGAGUCCCGCUCGGACCGCCACCUACGAGGUCAACGACGAAGACGACGAGGAUGACGACGACGACGACCGCACGCUAGAGGAAGAGACGACCGCUCCCUCUCCGGUACGGGACCAGUCCCGGCGCAGAAGUUUCGUCAUCAGCAGCCACCCCAACGACGAGCUCGACGACGGCCAACCGGAUCUCCGACCCGACUGCGACCAAACGUACACCCUUCCACCGGUCGUUCCGGCGAGCAGCGAAGAAAUGCGCACGAAACGACCGAGCUCGGGCGUUGCCCCGAAUGGCGUCAAGGCGCCGCCCUCCAAGGCGACGACGACCCCGAAGAAACGCAACAGUCUGAGCAAGGGUUCCUCCGGCCAACCCCCGCGGAAGGCUACCGAGGAUAACAAGGAGAAUCAGUCGAGGAUUCGCGAUCUGGAGCAGAUCUACAACCUGACGUUGAACGAACCGGCGGCGGCUUCGCCGCGCCGAGUCAAGAGUCCCGCGAGGAAGUUCUGCGACAAGUCGACGGCCCCCUCGCCAACGCACUCGGGGCCCUUGAACGACAGCUGGGCGAAGGAGCGCGAGCUCGAGCUCAGCAUUACGGAGCUGCAGGAGAAGCUCAAGGACACCGAGGAGCGGUACGAGAGUCUGAAGAUUCAGUACGACACGCUGUCGCAGGUUCACCGGGCGCUCCGGGAGACGCACGGUUCGAUCCAGGACGAGAGCGACCGCCUGAAGCUGGACGUGCAGCAUCUGACCGAGUGUGCCAACGUGUUGCGGGCGGAGUUGCAGUCGGCACGGAGCGAUCGGGACGCGGCGCUGGAGCUGCAGAAGAUACUGCAGUCGGAGCUGGAGGAGUCGCGGCGCGACCGGAAGCGCUACCAGGAGCUGAACGAGAAGGACACCCGCACGAUACAGGACCUGCAGCGGCAGUGCCGCGAGAUGGAGCGGAUCCUGAUGCGGAAGCACCCGGACUCGGUGUCGGCGCUGAUUGUGGCCAGCAAGAACACCACCAACAGUGCCCAGCAGCAGGAGUCGUCCUCGUCGCAAACCCGGCGUCUUCUGGAGCAGCGGAUCGCCCAGCUCGAGGCCGACGCCAAGGAGCAGGACGCGAAAGCGCAAGGUAUUCUCGCGAACGUGCAAGCCCGCUUCAACAGCGUGCAGGCCAAGUACGAGACGCACAUUGCCGACCUGGAGAUGCAGGUGCUCAGCCUGCAGGAGAUCAACUCCAAGCUCAACGAGAAGAUCAUCCGCCAGAUGGAGGAGCUGUCGAGCAUUACGAGCCACGCGGCCACCUCGCUGACCGCUGCUUCCGCCGCCGCGCAGGCCCACGUGGCCACCAGCAGUUGCUUCACGCAAACUGAAGAGCUGCCCGAGCGGGAGUGCUCUCCCGCAGGCAGCAGCCACAGUUCCGGUACUAAAACACGGUCCAUUUCAGUGCAAACCGAUAGCAAGCUGACGGCGGGCACGGGACGUGCCGGAGGAGCGGGUCAACAGCAGCCGAAGCGGGCCGCGUCCGCCAGCGCUGCGGCGGCCAGCUCGUCCAAGCAGCUGCCCAACUCGCUGUCCGACUCGCAGAUCCAGAGCCGCGAGGACGCCCACCUGUUGGCCACGAUCCGGGGCAUGCGGGUCGAUCUGGCCAUCAAGGAGAAGGCGGUGCAGCGGUUGACGCGCGAGGUCGAGGACUGCAAGCGCACGAUCCGGAAGUUGCAAAAGGAGCGCGAUUCGUACUUGAAGCCGGAGGGUGGAAAGCCGGCCGCGAAGAGCGGGAAAGCGUACGAUCCGGCCCAGUUUGCUGAUGGUGGGGAUGGCGGCGGCGGCGGGAGUGCCCUCAAGGAUGCCAACCUGAAGAUCAGGCUGCUGGAGGCGGACUACAAAACGUUGCAUGACAAGCGGCUGCAAGAUCUCAAAACGCUGCAGGCGGCCCACGAGCGCGAGCUGGCCGCGUGCCACGAAACGGUCCGGAUCAUGCAGCAGCGGUUGGCCGACCGGGAGGACCACCUCCAGCAGCAGCAACACCAAACCAAGGAGAAGCGACGGCCGAACCACAACGUGGACUACUACGCGCUCAAGGCCAAGGUCACCUCGCUCGAGCGACGCCACACCGAACGGGAACAGCGCCUCCACAUGCUCGUCGAAGCGCUCAGCAAGGGUGGCAAACUGAACGGGGUCCACAUCCGGCAGCUGGCCUCCACGUCGUCUUCCGGCGGCGGCGGCGGCAUGGACGAAGAUCCCCACAAUCUGGCCAGCAUCCACCAGCAUCAUCAGAAUGCCACCGUGGGAGGAAAUUUGUAAAUUUCAGAUUUUUUUAGAAAAGAAGAAAAUCUCUCCCUCGUUUUUCUAUAUCUAUUCGUGUUUUGAACUUUUAUUUGUUUUUAUCAUUCUCUCUGUAAAAGACUAUUUGAUGCGGAGAGGAACAAUUAAUAAAGUAUAGAGUUACAACUAGAAUUUAGAGCAGACUAAAGUUGGUGAAGUUUGGUAAUCCGGACUCGACUUUUCAAAAAAGAAACAAAACCACGUACUUGUUGGGUUCCUAACAAAUCUUGAUAUUCCACGUAACGAUGCUCUCUCCCUCUCCCCUUAGAUCUCAAACAAGAUUAGUUUUUAGAUUGUUCCCUACCUUGAAAAGUAGACAACCGACAGCAAAUCAACCUGUAGAAUGUUAAAAAAAAUAUAGCAAUUAUUGGGGACGGGAAAAACGAUAGAAUUAAACACGUUUUUAAGAAAAAGUACUAGAACUCAACAGAUCUCAAUCGUUUUUACCGUUAUUGUUGACCCAAAGCGUUCGGAAAAGUUUAUUUUACAAUUUUUUCUAUGCGCCAUCUAUCUUUCGAGGGCAUCAUUGCGACUUAUUGCAUGCAAUUUUACAAACUUGCAUAGAAAUGUUGAAUUGCUGAUGGAAAAAGAUAGAUGGCGUUAACUUACAAAUUUAAAUCAAAAAUUAUUUUCAUUUAAAACACAGUGAUUUAACAAAAGAGACUGCGUGUGUGUGUACCGAAAUUGCGAGAAAAUAAAGAAAAAAUGUGUUAAGAUAGGUGCGCGAAAACGUUUUGAGAAUCAAAUUCUCCGCCUUUUCGCUUUGACGACGCGUAAAGUGACUAGAACUAUAAGUAUAGGUGUGACUAGGUGUACAGCCGGAGUGUGUGUCCCAAGGUAAGGGAAAGCGCUCUGGAAAUAAUUAU